UGGAGUCGUUUUACAUGUCAGAAAACGCGGAACUAGAUCCGGGGGACAGUCGUAAACCUGAGUGAAAGACUCGUAUUACUACAAACGUGCUUAAGUCCACGCAGGUUCAUUUGAAUCAAGCAGUAAUUACAAAUCUUGCGUCAGCCUAGAUCUUGCUAAACUAAAGGGGUUUACGCAAAAGCUUGUUUUUCCGGUCGCACAGCCAAAUGAAACUCCUGAGUGGACUUCGGUUAUUUAAUUUGUUGUCUGGAGCUUGCGGUCAGUUUGCUUGAAUUAUGAUUGACAAGAAUGAUUUCGGGCCCGUGACGAGGAGUCGUAGGCGCGCGACCAUCACGAGCGCAAAAAGCGAGAUUGUGAAACCCAGAAACGGCGCGACAUUUGGAGUCAGCUCUCACAAAAGCGGCUCCAAGACACAAGAGUAUCUACCGAAAAACUUACAGCUGAGAGAAGACAGCAAACGAAAAUGCGAUCUCUACGACAAAAUGAGCAGUUGCCACAAGUUGCAGGAGUCAAUGCUCAGCUCUGCCAGCAGCUUCAAAAAUUACAGGGGCAUUCUUAACUGGUGUGUUGUAAUGCUGGUUUUGAGCAAUGCACGCCUGUUCUUGGAAAACCUUCUCAGGUAUGGCAUUUUAGUCGACCCCAUUCAAGUGGUGUCAUUGUUCCUCAAGGACCCUUAUAGCUGGCCUGCUGCGUGUCUGGUAAUCGUUUCGAAUGUGUUCAUACUUGUGGCAAUGUACACUGAGAGGAAACUUGCCAUGGGGUCAAUCAGUGAGAAGGUCGGACUGCUGAUUUACAUCUUAAAUCUAACAGUCAUCUUGUGUUUUCCAAUGGUUGUUGUACUUAAGCUGCCAUCUAUUACACCAGUUGGUGGUGCAUUUGCUUUAGGAAUCUACACCAUCCUGUUUUUGAAACUGUACUCGUACAAAGACGUUAACAAGUGGUGCAGAGAGAGAAUGCAAGCAAAGGCUCGUAGCCUGUCCAGAUCCCUUUCAUGUCCUUCGACUCCAUCUUCGUCCAGCAGUAUGCAAUCAUAUGUGUCAUACCCGGGGAAUCUCUCUCUCAGGGAUAUUUUUUAUUUUGUUUUUGCCCCAACCCUAUGCUAUGAGCUUAAUUUCCCCCGCUCUGAAUCCAUACGGAUGGGAUUUCUGCUCAGGAGACUCUUUGAGAUGUUACUCCUCACUCAGUUAUUGGUUGGUUUAACACAGCAGUGGAUGGUGCCAAUCAUUCGAAGUUCAAUGAAGCCAUUGCAGGAAAUGGACUACACCAGAAUGACUGAGCGUCUUCUUAGACUGGCUGUGCCCAACCAUCUUCUCUGGUUAAUUUUUUUCUACUCGUUUUUCCACUCAUCAAUGAACUUUGUAGCUGAGCUUUUGAGGUUUGGAGAUCGUGAAUUCUAUCGGGACUGGUGGAACUCGGAGACUAUAACAUACUUCUGGCAAAACUGGAAUAUUCCCGUACACAGAUGGUGUCUCCGCCACUUUUACAAGCCUUUGCUGAGAAGAGGUGCUAGCAAGUUACUGAGCCAAUCAGCUGUAUUUUUCGCCUCUGCUUUUUUUCACGAGUACCUGGUCAGUGUUCCACUCAGGAUGUUCAGACUGUGGGCAUUUAUGGGCAUGAUGGCUCAGCUCCCACUGGCAUGGUUUGUGGCCAGGUUUCUUCGCGGUAACUAUGGAAAUGCUGCGGUAUGGCUUUCGCUCAUUAUUGGCCAGCCUAUCGCAGUUCUGAUGUAUGUUCAUGACUACUAUGUCACGCACUACCAGGAAGACCCUACAGUAACUGAAGCACUGUAACCACACUGUAAAACCUCAUAAGCUGAGUUAGCUUGAAUGAUUUUUGGAAAAGAUUUGCCUAGACUCAAGCUGAGCAGCUAAACUUCUAGAUUUUGCUAUAAAAACUAAAUACAAGUGAAGAGUCCAGGCAGUGAGGUUUCCAAAAAAUCUCUAAAUAGUGAAUGUGACUCUACAAGUGGUGCCAAGUGCUCACUUUAAACUUCACUAGAUGAAACCCCUUAUUUUUUGAGAGAAUGCAUUACUGGCCUUCAGAGCACUAGUAGGACCACCAGUCCAGGUGAACUUUUCCAUAUACUUAGGCCAGGGUUCUGUCACUGCUAGCAUUUUUAACCUCAAACAUACCAUUAUAAUAUUGUGAAAUGCUUUUGUAAAAUGCCAUAAGUUGAAUGCUCUUUAUUACUGUACAAAUGUAUCUAAAUGCCAAUUCAUAAAUCUACAGUAUAUGUAACACUGAUAUCCAAGGGUAAUAUGUACAGACAGAAAUGUGUAAUCUUUAAAGAGUAUAUAUGUUAAAGCAAUAUGCAGUGCAACACUUUGCUGAUGUGUGACUGUUUAGAUUUUUGCAAAGGGAUUUGAGAGUGCUAAAAUAUUUGUUAAAGGGUUCACCCAAAAAUGAAAAUUCUCUCAUCAUUUACACACCCUCAUGCCAUCCCAGAUGUGUAUGACUUUCUUUCUUCAGCAGAACACAAACAAUAUUUUUAGAAGAAUAUCUCAGCUCUUUUGGUCCAUACAGUGCAAGUGAAUGGGUGCUAAAAUUUUGAAGCUCCAAAAUCCAAAGGGCAACAUAAAAGUACUCCAGAUGACUCCAGUGGUUUAAUGCAAAUCUUCUGAAGCAAUAUGAUAUGUGUGGGUGAGAAACAUAUCAAUAUUUAAGUCUUUUUCCCUUCACUUUCACAUUCUCCUUCUGUUUUUGGUGAUUCACAUUCUUCGUGCAUAUCACCCCCUACUGGGCAGGGAGGAGAUUUUAUGACAAAAAAUGACUUAAAUAUUUAUCUGUUUCUCACCCACACCUACUGUAUCAUAUCGUGUCUGAACACAUGGAUUUAACCACUGGAGUCAUAUGGAUUACUUUUAUGCUCCCUUAAUGUGGAUUUUGGAGCUUCAAAAUGUUGGCACCCAUUCAUUUGCAUUGUAUGGACCUACAGAACUGAAAUAUUCUUCUAAAAACUUUUAUUUGCAUUCUGCAGAAGAAAGAAAGGCAUACACAUCUGGAAUGCCAGGAGGGUGAGUAAAUCAUGAGAGAAUUUUCAUUUUUUGGUAAACUAUCCCUUUAAAUCAAAAAUAUGUGUCACAUGCCUAGAUUGUCUAUGCAAAUAUUAUUUGUUAUAAUUAUUUUAAAUUGCAUUUCUAUGUAUUUAAACACUUUAAUGCUUUAUUGUGAGAUGCCAUCUGUGUAGAGCAAACCACCGUUAUGGCAUUGUGGAACCCCUCUCAUCAGAAGUGUGCCACCUUUUGGUGACUCUUGAGAUUAAACACCCUGUAAAUGA